GUGAGUUUGGUCAUAUCUCGCGGGACUGCCCGCAGAAAGGCAAACCUGGUUUCAAGGAGAUUUGUGGAGACUACCGUCGUGGAAGAUGUGAUCGUGGAGACUCGUGUCGGUUUCUCCACGAAGGAGGACCACCUUCUGACGGCCUCGGACGGCGCUACGACGACCGACGAGGUCGCGAUGAUCGCGAUCGACGGGGUGACCGUGAUAGAAGGCGGGAUGAUGAUGAUGGGGAGCGCAGGCGACGGCGACGAAGAGAUGACAGUGAUUCACGAUCCCGCUCUCGGCGCAGAUGAUGAGUGUGGCAGAAAGAUGUAUUGUAGAUAG